CUCCAGGAGCAGACCAAGAUGCAAAUAUCCCUCGUCUGCCUGUGCCUGUGCCUGCUCAGCACAGCCCUCGCCACACCUGUGCCGCCACCGCUUCCUGGGGGAGCUUCUGGGAACUGUGUGGGACAGCACCGGAUACUUCUGAAAGGAUGCAACGGCAAGCAUGGCUUCUACAUUUUCAAAUACGUCUACUCAUUCUCAACACGGAGGAACCAGACACAGAUAAAGAAAGAAGAGGCUGACCACCAGAGUAUCAUCCCCAGCCGCCGGUUGGAUGAGGACAAUGCCAGGCGGGAGCCACCAGAGGCCAGGACAGCCCCAGAACACAGUGACAACAGCAGCACUGAAGUAAUUGAGUAUGGGAUUGUCCUCAAGGCUGAAAACCGCAGCACCCCGGGCAUUGGCAGGGACGGUCCCAGUCCUCAUCCUGGCACUGGCACGCGAGCACGUGGCAGUGGUGGUGGCACAGGUCCCACCCUGUCCAGCUCAGAGGGCAGUGGCGAUCUGGAUUUGGUGGUGGAAGUUGAUGGCAGUGUUCCCAUCCUUCCUCAGGGUGAACGCCCCAGUCAGGCUGUGGUGGGGAACAGGUCCAGUGUCAAGAGUGAGGACAAGGAUGAUGGUGACCCCAGAGUGGUUCCAGCGGAGGGCGCCAUGACUACCGGGAGGGGGAGGGCCCCUACCACCAGAGUGGCAGGGGAUGAGGGCAGCGGGGAGGCCACUGUUUCUGGCCAAGGGCAGGAGGGUGUCAGGCGAGGUACAGGGACAGGAGGCAUCGCUUUGUUCUCUGUCACUGAGAAGACUGAGGAUGUCCAAGUGGAUACCGCUGGUGUGGAUGAAUAUGCUUACAUCCCUGACUCGGGCAGUGUCACCAUCACCCGUGGGAGCCUGGGCAGCACAGACGGGGCAACCAGCUUCACCCAGGUCUCUCCGGACAAAAAUGACGAAGUCAACAUCUUCAUUGGGAGGGACAAAAUCCACGUGGGAGAGCAGGAAACUACCCUGGCCGGUGCCACAGUAGGUAACGAGGAUGACGGCAUCCCGUCUGAGGGAACCAGCAGCCCCCUGCCCAGGCUGGGCGUCACUGCGACACCCAGUGGUGGUGACGAUGACAGCAUCCCUGCUCACAGCCAGCCUGAACGACCGGCCACCACAGCCACCCCAACCCGUGGGGACAGUGUCACCAGCAGCCCCAGGGAUGGCCAUCCUACUGGAGAGGAUGAGAAAGGUGCCACCACCAUGGGUGUUGAUGGAGGACUGGUAACCCCUGUCCCCUGGAGAGUCACUAGUGGUGACAUUACCAGCCCCACAGUGUCCAGCAUCCGUAGGAAAGACGAUGAUGAGGUGGGAGGAGAGGGGCAGAGGUUCAAGGGGAAGCCAGGACAUGUGGCUACCACGACCCCCCGCCAGUGGGGUAACACGGAGGCCGCUGGCACUGUCCCAGCCGAAGGGGCCAGCAUCCUCCUGGCCGCUACCGAGGCAGACCGCACCACCCCGUCGGUGACAGCCAGCAGCCGCAAGGCAGGCAUGAGCACUGUGCUGGGCAGGGGAGGGAGCGGGGAAGUGGGGACAGCCACCUCCCAAUCCCCCCGUGUGAAGGGACGGCCCGGGGCAGGGGUGAGGGUCCGUCCAGGGGGAGCAGGGCUGGACAAGACACCCAGGACGGACAAAGCACCAUCCCCAGGUGGGAAACCCAGCAGCUGGGCGUCGAGCGGAGCCCAGACCAGUGUUGGCGGCUAUGAUGGCAAUGCUGGGGGCAGGUCGCAGGCCAUCAAAGCAGGGGCUAGCCCCACUCCACAGGCAGGGCACGACAUGGACAGCACGGUAGCAGGCAGGGGCCGGGAGCGGGGCCGAGGCGGCGAGAGCGGGGGAGCAGUGCCAGGGGCCGGGGACGGCCGCAUUCCCGGGCACCACGGCAGGAGGCUGGGGGCUGGGGCGCCGGGCACGCUCGCGACGCUGGGCCGCAGCAGGCAGCUGGACCAGGUGAAACGCGCUGACGAGCUCCACGUCCGCGAGCGGGCCUUUUACAGCCUCGGCGGGGCGGGCGGCGGCCCCCACGGCCCCUACCCCGGCCCCGGGAGCGCCGACAGCAGCCAGUCCUCCGAGGGGGACCAGGGCAGUCAGAGUGAGAGCGGACAGAUGGGACUGCAGCCCUCAGGGUGGGGAUCCCCAGGGUACCCCCAAGGCCGCUGGAUCCAGGGGCCCCUCUGAGGCGCGGCUGGUAUCCACCCCGGCAGGCUCCAGCGGUGGAGUUGGGGGGUCCCACAUGCCGCGUUUUCCCCCUUGGCGUCCCCGCCACGGGCUCUGCUCUCGCCUGGGUGAGGGGCAGGUUGCUGGGGGGCACACGGUGCUUCACAGCCCAGGAGCCAAAAAUCGCUGGUUCAUGCGAUCUGCUGUUAAUUUGGGGGAGGCUGCACAUGGCACAGCAGCAGGGAUGUGUGGGUGUGCUGUGCUAGACAGCCAGGGAACAGCAGCCAUGCUACAUGGCAUAGGGUAGCGGUGUUUGUGCACUGAUGCGAAACAAGUAAAGAAGCAGUGAGAAAAAGCCUCUGUCCUCACGGUUUCACUUCCAGUUACUGGAGAAAUAAAGGCAUUUCUGUAUCUGAGGA